AUGGCUCCAAGACGUUUGAAGGGUACUAAGAACUCUACUGCAAACCCUCGUUGGAUGUCUGGUGAAGAAGCCGCAAAACAUGCUAGCGAUUUUCAGACUGCUCUUGUGCAGGUACAGUCAGUUAAUCCGGAGAGACUAUAUUCCCCUUUCCCACUGACUUUGAGAGGUCCCUAUAAGAGUCCGUUUCUGGGCCCGCAUAAUUACCGGGCUAAGCCCGAAAAAUUGCUGUCUUUGGACGCUUGCUUGGUCAGAGUGCCUUUCGCCUAUGGUCUAGAGAGCGUCACCUGGGGGUCAUGGGAUGCGCAUUUGGAACGGCUGGGUCUAGAUCCCUCCAUUCCUCUUCCAUAG